CAGAUCGGGGCAAGAGGUUGGAGGGAGUGAGGCUGAAGGGAUGGGCGCUGUACGCGAAAGCUCUGGCGGGGAGCCGACUUCUUCGGAGAAGAAGCGCGAGCGACAGAGGAUGGUGCGAGAGGAGGUGGCGAAGGAAACCCGCUGCAUGAAGAGGAUGAAAGGACAAUCGGAGGCGGUGAUGGGCGGGGAUGGAGGUGAUGUCAGAGAACGUGCCUCGGGAAAGAGGGUGCCUGGAAUUUGUGGCGGACAAGAACAUGGAGCCGGAAAAAGGCAGUCGAAGGAAGAGGGUGCGACGGCAAGUAAGAAAGCGAGGAGGCCCAACGGUUUGACCAUCCGCGAAGGACAAGCCAUGGGUGGAGGAGAUUCGGCUCAUCAAGGCGCUGCGGCCACGGGAGAACCUUCGGGAAAAUCCAAAAGGAAAGUGGCAGCUGAAGAAGGCGAUGGCCAGAAGAAACCUCGAAGGAGGAAGACUGCUGAGGCGGCGAGCGGUGGCGAAUGGGCUGUCGGUGAGCAGUGCGAUGAAGCGGCAGCGUUCUGGCUCGAAUACGAGCGGAACGAUGACGAUGAUAUCGUGGAGAAGGUGCUCCCCGUCCAACUGCUCAUCGACCCCAGGAAGGUCUGCGACAUCCUGCCUUGGGAAGGAUAUUACAACCACCGCAGUCUCAAUCGUGAAAGUGUAGACGACAUCAAGGCUGCGAUGCUAAGUCAGUUCCACGGGGAAAAGGGGAAAAUAUGGACGAAAAACCCUUUGGUUCUGGCACCCAUCUACAAGCCGGUGACGCGUAGGCCGGAGAAAGUUGACAGGGUUCACAAAGACGUCUUCAAGCCAGAGGACAAGGACAAGUACUACUAUUACCCUGUCAACGGACAACACACCGUGGCUGCUGUGAAGGAGCUGGUGGAUGAGCCAAUAUUCGAUUUGUGGAAGAUGCACUCGUGGCCGUUGAGAGUAGUGUGGUUCUCCGACGAAGAUUUCGCGGGGUAUAUGCAGGUCAGUCUCAACGAGAACACGAGACACAAGAUGUCCAAGCACCGAUCGCAGACGGCCGCGUUCGAGGAUAUGCAGGAGGCAUGGGAGAAAGAAGGUAGGCCGGUGGCCAUUCAAGGGAACCCUUCCGGCAAGGAGGCCGAAAAACAAGCGUUCUUCAAAUUCCAAAAGCUGCUUUUGGGAAAGAGUCCGAACGACGCCCACUGGACGUUGGCAAAAAAAACGCUAACGCUCGCCGACAAGGAGUAUGUCGCUGCCGUUGGCAAUGCAUUGAGGCAAUGGAUGUCGCUCGUGACGGCCGAUGAUAACGUUUUCGUAAAGGCAUGAACUUCUACGAGAAAUGGGCGGAGGGGAAGUUGUUGGGCGGCGACGGGAAGAUGCCAUUGUCGAG